ACACACAAAUGCUGUGGCGAGGCAGACGCUCAGCAGCAGGAUGGAUCCUGACUACUAAAGAGAAGCGGAGAGCGAGGAGGGGGGCAGCCAGCUUGCAAAAGAGAGCGAAAGGAAAGCAGCAGCAGAGAUACAUAAAUUCUCAUUUCCAGAUCUGGAAGAAAGAGGCAUUCGCCGUCUGGGCAUUUCCAGAACAUCAAGAGGCAGUGCCGCGUAUCCAGCAGAGACGAGGAACCCGGUGAAGCGGAGAACCCCGGCUGUCAAACAGAGAGGUGGGCUGGGAGGGGGUCUAUGACCCUUGAUUUUCACCAGGGGAGUGGCACGGGGGGACGUAGCCACCGACGAGCAACAAACGGACGAUUCCGGUAGUCUUGCCAUUCACGAAUUUAUUCCAUGCCAUUGUCAUAGCGAUGUAAAGCCAUUCUCUGUGACUGGAGGAGGCAGGCUCCAAUCAGCUGCUGCAGCACAUAUGCUCCCCAAGCAAAACCUUUCUGUUGCAUUCUCAUUUACACACUUUCUCUUUUCCAUCAGUGUAUUUUGAUUUGCUUUCUCUUUACGCUUCUUGUUGUUCUUCCAAAAACUGGACGACAUCUGUGUUUUCACGUGACUUGGUCUUUUUGGAACUGUCAUCAGUUUUGGUUCUGCAUGGAAUAACAACUGCUUUCAGAGAUAGGAGGAAAGGUUAAAGAGGGGCUACGCCAAGUGAGUGUGGAUUACGUGAAGCUGCCACUAACUAGAAAGCUCCUUGAGAAAUUGUAAAGAUUGUUUGUCCUCGCUUCAAGCAGUUGUUUUCUUGCACACUUUAAGGUAAGAGUUUUUUCUUUAUCCCAAGCGUUAAAAGGAUACGACCCACAAAUGACAGCCAUGAAGGGAGACUCGGAAGAGAGCAUUGAGAGUACCAAGCCAUCCAAUCUCCAAACAUUUGCCAACAGUUCCACAUUACAUGGCAUGAGCCACAUUUUCGCCUACGGGCACAUGACUUUCCGUCGUUUUCUCUGGACGUUGUCGUUUUUGGGAUCUCUGGGGCUGCUGUUGUUUGUCUGCAUGGACCGAGUUUACUACUACUUUGAGUUUCCCCAUGUCACCAAACUUGACGAGGUUGCAGCGCCCAACCUCACCUUUCCAGCCGUUACCUUCUGCAACCUCAAUGAGUUUCGCUUCUCGAAGAUCACAAAAAACGAUCUGUACCACGUCGGGGAGUUGCUGGCUCUUCUCAACGAGAAAUAUCAAAUAGCCAACCCACAUCUGGCCGAGCCUGACGUCCUCGCUAUGCUGAAGGAGAAGGCUAAUUUUGUCAACUUCAAACCCAAGUCGUUCAACAUGACGGAUUUCUACAACCGUACGGGACAUGAUAUCAGCGACAUGCUUUUACAGUGUACCUUUAGGGGGGAUCCAUGCUUGCCUCAAAACUUCUCAACAAUUUACACAAGAUACGGGAAAUGCUACACAUUCAACUCGGGUCUGGAUGGAAACCCCUUACUGACGACUUUAAAAGGUGGAACGGGGAACGGGCUGGAAAUUAUGUUGGAUAUUCAACAGGAUGAGUAUCUGCCUGUUUGGGGCGACACAGAUGAAACGUCGUAUGAAGCUGGCAUCAAAGUUCAAAUCCACAGCCAGGAUGAGCCGCCUUUCAUAGAUCAACUGGGGUUCGGUGUAGCGCCUGGUUUCCAAACCUUCGUGUCCUGUCAGCAGCAACUGCUCCAGUAUCUUCCACCUCCGUGGGGCGACUGCAGAUCCUCCGCCAUGGAUUCAGAGUAUUUCUCCACCUACAGUAUCACAGGCUGUCGCAUCGAUUGCGAGACUCGUUACCUGUUAGAAAACUGCAACUGCAGGAUGGUGCAUAUGCCAGGCACGUCUACGGUCUGCACACCAGAGCAGUAUAAAGACUGUGCUGAUCCUGCUUUAGAUUUUCUGGUGGAGAAGGACAACAAUUAUUGUGUUUGUGAGACACCCUGCAACAUGACGCGUUACGGUAAAGAGCUUUCCAUGGUGAAAAUACCCAGCAAGGCCUCUGCCAAGUAUCUCGCCAAGAAGUUCAACAAAACAGAGCAGUAUAUCGGGGACAACAUAUUAGUGUUGGAUAUCUUCUUUGAGGCUCUGAACUAUGAAAAAAUCGAACAGAAAAAAGCAUAUGAAGUUGCUGGAUUACUUGGUGAUAUCGGUGGACAGAUGGGUCUGUUUAUAGGGGCCAGCGUCUUGACAAUACUGGAGAUAUUUGAUUACUUGUAUGAGGUUUUUAAGGACAAAGUCCUGGGUUCUUUUCUGCGUAAGAGACGGCCGCAUCGGAGCGCUAGUGAUAAUCUGGAUUUCCCCGAGAUUUCCACCAGCCCUGGUGUCACGCCUAACCAUGCCCCCAGCUUGCAAGAUGGAGAUGAUGUUUUGCACAAGUUCAGAGCACAUGUGACACACUCCGGAGUCACUCGGACAGUCUUGGAUUCGCGCCGAACGUCCUACCUAGUCACCCGGCUAUAGGCAACUUCGAGGAAUUCGCUUGUUGAUGACGCAACAGGCGCGACCCGUUUGGGAUUCGACGGAAAACUGUGAAAUAUCUGAUAGACUCCAAACCAAGUGUAAGUCCACGAAAAUGUACAUGUUAAUGGUUAAAAAAAUCUAUCAACUCCUGAAUAGAAAAUGUUAUAACAAAUCAUCAUAGUAACACAAGUACAAAUAGGUAACACUUCCAAAACAAAACUCAGGUUUUAUUAACAUUACAGCCACUGUUUGUUCGAAAUGUGAUUAUCCUGGUAAAAAUCAUACCAUUUUCUUUCAAACAAUUAUAAAACGUACAAAUGCUGUUAUGUCAUCCAGGAAGGUAUUUUGUGCAGCCUGAUCUCACGAGAAUUCGUACGUAUUUUACGAGUUGGCGAAUUCGUACGAAGUGAAUCGUACAAAGAGAAAUCCUAUGAAGUGAAUUGUACUAAUUGAAUCGUACGUUUUUCAUACGACGUGAAUCGUACAUUUCCGUACGAAGUGAAUCGUACGAAGUGAAUCGUACGUUUCCGUACGAAGUGAAUCGUACGUUCCCGUACGAAGUGAAUCGUACGUUCCCGUACGAAGUGAAUCGUAC